AUGGCACUGAUGGAGUGUGAGCCUGGGGUCCCCUCUGAGGAGGCGUCCCCAUUCCCGAUGCUCACAGGGCCUGGACGGGGAGCUGUCACUGGGGUGACAUUGUUCCUCUGUCUCACAGUCCAGCUGUUCCUCCAUGUUUGGCCAAAUCCCGUGUUUGAAGGAGACAUCCUGCCUCUGCGAUGCCAGGGAAGGAAGAACUCAGCCCUGUUCCAGGUGAAAUUCUACAAACACGGAAAAUCCCUCUGUUUCUCUAAGGACAACCACCCUCUGACCAUGGGGACAGCGACAUUGAGGAGCAGGGGCCAGUACAGCUGCACUGGGGAGGUGACCUACUUCCCACACGUGGGCAGACAAACCUCAGGGACAGCCUGAAGCUCAAGGUGAGUCACCCAGCUCUUCCUGCCUCCUGUGCUGAGCACUGCCCCCUCUCCCAAGCCCCAUAAGGGGAACCCCCUGACCCUGAGAUGCCAGACAAAACUGUACCCCCAGAGGCCAGCCUCGUGGCUCCUCUUUUUCUUCUACAGGGGCUGGACCUUGCAGUACAGGGGCCUCCACCCAGAACUCCACAUCCCAGCCAGGGAGGGAGAUGGGCUUUACUGGUGCGAGGCAGGCCCUGAGGGUGGCAGGGUUAGAAACAGUCCCCAGCUGGAGGUCAGGAUGUGGAAUAAGUGGGGGAGGGAUGAAGAUGCACCUCAGGGCCUGGGCAUUGGGCAGUGGGGCCCCCUGGGAGUGGGGGAGGGUCCCUAA